AUGGUUCUCUUGCGAGAUCGAAGGAAACGAAACUCCACGAUGCAGGCACUGGACUUCCUGAACAAUGUCAACAGCAACCGCCGCAACAGCGAGCCGCGGCCAGCUACACGACCAUCGCCAAACAAGAGGCGUAGGACGCGCCGUGCCACUGACAUCUUCGAUAUUCCAUUGUCUCCCGAACGAGAUAUGCGAGACGCUGAAAAUGGAAACGGAACUGCGGACAAUACCGUCGAGCCUUUGACCCCGAGACGGUCCACGCGUCUCAAAGAACUUCAUAACAAUACCCCGAAAUCCCAACCCAGAUGGCCUCUUAGGUCGAAUUCCGAUGCGCGUGAAGGAAUACCGGAUAAUGAAGACGGAGAGGACAGGGAUAAUAGUUAUAUUUCCCAGAAUCGAUCGUUUUCUAGUGAUAGCCACCCCGAGGACCGAUACUCCCCCGGAUCGCCUUUGUCUUUCGUGGAUGAAGAGAACGAGAACGAGGGCGAGGACGAGAGUUUCGUGUCGCCUUCUUUCAUUUUUAUUCCUCGAAACAUGUCUUCAGGCUUGCGGUCUAACAGAGCUUCCAAUGCAAACACACUACGUAUAAAUGGCUCGACUCGUAAGAUUGCUAGGGAGAGGUCUAGGGAGAGGUCCGAGGUACAAAUGUCGGAGGCAUUGCCAGCUUCAAAAGAACGGGAGUCAUCGGCGAGUGAUCACUCCCCUUCGAACCAGGACAGAUCAAUACGCUCUUCGAUCGGACAUGAAACGCCUAAGCGUCGUGCUGAUGAGAAUCUCCAUGCUUCACCUCCAAGCAGACAGCGUCGCAGCGAAUCCUCCCGGUCCCGUUUCUAUCUGACUUCUUCUAGACGGCAUGCCAAUUUGAUUCAGCAUGCAAAUACCCCCACCAUCUCUAGGGUGCGUGAUGAACACGAAGCACGAUCUCCGAGGCUAUUUUCUCGUCCUCCGGAAAGAGAACGAUCCGGGAGCGCUGUGCCUAGGCCGUCCCGUUCUAUGAAUGGGGAUGAUGAUGAGGACGCAGAAGGAGUCAGGACUCAUACUCUUCCCCAACCACAAUCUGGACACAUGCACGGUGCUAGCCCUAGUUUUCGGCACAGAACUCGUGCUGCGGAAAAAGCUAACCAACAUUCUAACAUUCAAGAACAUACCCGAUCUGCAAGUACUCAAACUGGUUCGCCUGUGCAUGAGGAUAGCAAGAGAAAACAAGCUCAAAGUAAUCAAAAUCAAAUGCAAUCUACGAGGGCCAACUCUGGUUCGCGGUAUUCUCUCCGCGAACGUCGUACUGCUGAAAAAUCGAUUAGAUCUUCUGCUGCUGCUGAGAGAUAUUCUCUUCGUGAACGUCAUACUGCUGAGAUAUCGAUUAGGUCUCCAUCUGCUGCUGAAGAAGAGUCGAAUGGAGAGGCUCAUUUACCGUCAAGUCCCAGACCUGGAAGGAAUGCAGACGCUGAUAUCAUGAAUGGGGAGGAGAAUGAAGUGACUGGCAAUACAGAGACAAACCACCAGUCCGAAGGGGCAGAUGUCGUUCAUAUUACCGUGAGGAAUGAGGAGAGCAUCGAUCUCACUGUCAAUGAAGCAUAUGAGGAAGAUGUGGUGGCGUGGUUCGAGAACAACCUUGACGUCGAGAAGGAAACUUGGAUAGCGCUCAUCAGAAGGACGAGGAUGAUGGCCGCAACUGCUGAUCCAUACAUGGCAAAAAAUUUCAAGGGAAUCAAGUCUCUAACAUCGGAACUACAUCAUCUUUGUCAAAGUUUACCAGAAGAUCCUCCUCUCAGCCUCUUGGACGAAGGUAGGAAUCUCGUGGAUGGUAUUUCCGGGGAGGCGUCUGGUAUCCUCCGCAAAGCCUGGCAUCUUGCAACUGGCCGCCAUACAUCUCUUGCAAGGAAAGCCAAGGCACGGUAUCUUGUGGACGAAUUCGAAGCCCAUGUGUUACCGGACCUGGUUGGCUUGGCUGUGUCCUAUUUUAAGAUUUCCUACACCAACUCUCGACUAGUCGCGAUACGCCAUCCACACCUCCUCCACCUGCUGAAUGUGAUACUCCAACUGUGCGAUCAGAUUUUCAACCUGGUAAAGGAAGAAUAUGUGAGAUCAAAAGCAGCCAGUGGACGGAUCCGUGGGCCACUCAGAUUGAUUAUCAAAGCACUGGAACGAGGUGAUUUCGAGAGAAGCAUGCAGAGACGUGUUGACUUCGACGAUUCCUCUGAUUCUGUCUGCGAGGUGGAAUCCGGCCGUAGAUGGACUGACGAUGAAGGGAUUGCACUAACGGAAGGGCUACGGAUGUAUCAAGGCCCCGAUCGCUAUGUUCAGAUCGUGCGUCAUUUUGGUGAUCAUCUACGAGGGCGCACACUUGAAGAGCUCCAAGCCAAGGCGCAAGAGAUCCGUAGUAGCAAUGCCCCGAAGAUUCAAGAUCAGUUACAGACCGAGGAAGGGCUCCAGACAUGGCAGUGGCUCUUGAGCAUAUGAGAGUCCAUCCUCUUCGUUCUAGUCGUUUUUUGGUUCUUUCUUCCCUCUAGGCUGCAGUAGCAUGUAUACCCUGGCGUCAGUUUAUUCUGAGUUAUAUUCUAGUAGUUACCAGUAUCAUAUAUGCCACUACAUAGGAAAUCUUUA